GGGUCCGUUGCUGGUGACUCCCUACCGCAGCGCCUGGGCCUGCACCCGACGCCGACCGGACCGCGGCGCCGAACGGCAGCCUAGUCCCUGGCCCAUCUCCAUGUUGGUGGCGGCCUGAGCGGAAGCCCGAGUGGGAUGCGGCUGACGCGGAAGCGUCUCUGCUCGAUUUUCAUCGCCGUGUACUGCCUCUUCUCGCUCUACGCCGCCUACCACGUCUUCUUCGGGCGCCGCCGCCGGACGCCGGACGCGCCUUUGCGGGGCCUCAGGAAGGGGGUUGUUCCGGUGCGGGAGAGGCGCGGCCGAGAACAAUCUACUUUGAGAAGUGAAGAAUGGAAUCCUUGGGAAGAAGAUGAAAAAAAUGAACAACAACACAGGCUUAAAACUAGCCUUCAGAUAUUAAAUAAGUCCACAAAAGAGAAAAAACACUUCCAUGUACAAAUCUGGGGCAAAGCUGCCAUUGGUUUGUAUCUCUGGGAGCAUAUUUUCGAAGGUUUACUUGAACCCACUGAUGUGACUGCUCAGUGGAGAGAAGGAAAUUCAGUUGUUGGAAGAACACAUUACAGCUUCAUCACUGGUCCGGCUGUGGUCCCCGGGUACUUCUCUGUUGAUGUGAACAACGUGGUCCUUGUUCUAAAUGGAAGGGAAAAGGCGAAGGUCUUUUAUGCCACCCAGUGGUUACUUUAUGCACAGAAUCUAGUGCAAACUCAAAGACUCCAGCAUCUUGCUGUUGUUUUGCUAGGAAAUGAACAUUGUAAUAAUGACUGGAUAAGCCAAUUCCUCAAAAGAAAUGGAGGCUCUGUGGAACGACUUUUCAUAAUAUAUGACAGCCCCUGGAUUAAUGACGUGGAUGUUUUUCAGUGGCCUUUAGGAGUAGCAACAUACAGGAAUUUUCCUGUGGUGGAAGUGAAUUGGUCAAUGCUACAUAAUGAAAGGCCAUACUUGUGUAAUUUUGUAGGAACUGUUUAUGAAAAUUCAUCCAGACAAGCACUAAUGAAAAUUUUGAAACAGGAUGGGAAUGAUAAGCUUUGCUGGGUUUCAGCAAGAGAACAGUGGCAGCCUCAAGAAACCAAUGAAAGCCUUAAGAAUUACCAAGAUGCUCUGCUCGAGAGCGAUCUCACGCUGUGCCCGGCAGGAGUGAACACGGAGUGUUACAGAAUAUACGAGGCUUGCUCCUGUGGCUCUGUUCCUGUGGUGGAGGAUGUGAUGACGGCUGGCGGCUGUGGAAAUUCGUCUGUGCACCUUAACGCUCCCCUGCAGCUGCUCAAGGCCAUGAAUGCUCCUUUCAUCUUCAUUCAGAACUGGGAGGAGCUUCCUGCUAUCUUAGAAAAAGAGAAGACUAUAAAUUUAGAGGAAAAGAUUCAAAGAAGAAAAAGAUUACUUCACUGGUAUCAACACUUCAAAACAGAGCUAAAAAUGAGGUUUACUAAUAUUUUAGAAAGUUCAUUUUUAAAGAACAAUAAAAAUUAACUGUAAUUCAUUUUUUUCAAGCCAAGGUCUGAGUUUUUGAAUCAUUUCUAAUGCUGUGUGUGUAUUUAGAAAUGUUCUCUAAGGUACCCCGUAGACUCUAGAUUAUGUCUGUGGUAUUGACCAAGUACAGCCUUAUUGGACCACUCCUGAAAAUAAAGUUAAAAUGUACUCAGACUCAUCUGUACAAAGUUGAGUGAUAGAGCAUUUAUUAAUGCUUCUCACUCGUUUAAAUCUGCUCGAGGGAAGCAGCAUGGUUUAGUGGAAAGACUGGGCUGUGGAGUCAGACAAAGCCCGGGUUGACCCCUCACUGCUGUGCCUACUGUCGGGAACCUUGAGCAAGCCACCUCGUUUUGAGUGUAGGUUCCUUUCCAUGUAGAACGGAGAUCAUGGUACCUCAUGGAGUUGAUUAUAAAUAUGAAAUGAAAUGAUAUAUAAAGUACUCAGUAAUUGAAA